UAGAAACUUUGUUUACCUUUUUCAGAUGGCUUUACAGCGGAAGUGCCGAGGGCUUUCAUUAAAUGUGGAAGAGCCGCUGUUUUGUAGGGGUGUAUAUUCAGUUAUGUUAAUGCAUAAUGGUUUGAAAAUGGAAGGUAAAAAGGCCGUAAUCAAGAAUGCUGACAUGUCGGAGGACAUGCAACAGGACGCCGUAGAUUGUGCUACACAGGCUCUUGAAAAAUACAACAUUGAAAAGGACAUUGCUGCCUUCAUCAAGAAGGAAUUUGACAAAAAGUACAACCCAACCUGGCAUUGCAUCGUUGGCCGAAACUUCGGUAGCUACGUCACCCAUGAGACGAAGCAUUUUAUUUACUUCUACCUUGGACAAGUUGCUAUUCUUUUAUUCAAGUCUGGAUGAUUUUCAAAUGGUUAUAUAUUUGAUGAAUGAAGUUGUAAAUGUUGAGGAUAUAUGGAACAGCCGCUCUGUAAUUCUUCACGCCUUAAAUCUACGACAAAGAUUCGUGGUGUCUCAAGCUUGUUUAAAUGUCGGACGUUCAUUUUUUUAUGUAAAACAAAUAAUGGACAACAGUGUUCUGCAGUAAAUAUUUGAAAGUGUCACAUAUUUUGAGGUAAAACAUUCGUAUUUCACACAAUUAAAUCAUUGUAUUAUAAUAAACAUAACAUAUUCGUUGUAAUCAUUAGGAAUGACACGGACGUUUGGAUAAAAUGAUUAAUUAAUCACAUUAAGAAAAUGCAAAUUAUGAACAGAUAAAAACGAAGUUCUGAUAACAUGAAUAUUAACAAACAAAAAUCAUACAAUUAUGUACUUGUCAAAACGCCCGUUAAUAUCAUCAACUAAUAGUUUGUUCAUAACAAGUUUAUCUUGAUAAGUGUACAAUAUUUUGUGAAUGAUAUUGUUUGCCCAAUUCUAUUUGUAUGAAUGAUAACUUCAUUUGAUGACUGAGUUUUAUUUGUUUUGCAAUUUUAUAUCAAAGAUCUCAAGAACAUGUUAAUGGAUUUAGAUAUUUUAAGUCCUUAUCAAAUACUUCAAGUUAAAAUACUGUAUCUAGGAGAAGCCAGUGUCUGACACAGGUUUUUGUUAUUUUUAUUGCUAUUGAAAUGUAUGUUUGUUACUUCUUAUUAAAAUGAUAAAAUAAAAAAAAAACAUUUGAAAUGAUAAU